AUGGUAUCCGCAACAAAAAGUUCCUUGGCAAUAAAAAAUAAUAAACUGUCACCUGAUAUAGCUGCUGAAGAUAACAGAUUAUCAUCAUCUACACCUGUUGGAUAUGAUAGAUUAUCAUCAGGCACAACCAUUAAAGAUGCACCACCUUUAGAAUCUCAAGUAACCAUAUUGUCCAAAUAUUCCAAGACAUCGCCUUCUGAAUCAUCUAGUGCAAACCUUUUCGCUACAGAGUCCUUAGGAUUUUCAAUUUCUACUCAUACAGAAUUAGCUCAAGAAUCGAAUACUUUGCUCACAGAUUCAACAACUUUAUUGGACUUAAAAGGUAGUUUUACUGCCUUGUUGAUCGAUUUCAGCACUUCAAAAACAGAUAUGCAAGAUAUUUAUCAGUUCUUCACUACUGACAACAAAUCGACCAUCGCAAAAUACACUGCAACCUCAGAUGUACAAGAAAAAGUAAAUACCAAUUUGUAUAGCUCUGGAAGUACAUUCACAUUUGAUUACAACAAGAAAAGCCUCUCUUCCAGAAUUGAACCAAAUAUCUAUUUAACUACCGUUGACGAUAUUGAGUCAGCUUCCUCGUUCUCUCAGCUAUAUUCUAGCUGUUAUCAGCCGUCCAUAAGCCACUGGCCUACAUUUUCGUCACAAUCUAUCUUGAAUAGUAAUCAGAAUAUCAAUACAAAUGCAGAUAGACUCAAUAGUGUUUCCUUCAAAUCCUUAGCCGCGUCUACUGACAUCGAUGUAACUACGCAUCAGAUCCCCUUCCAUCCUACACCUACAGACCAAGACAUUACUUUUAAUCCUUUCGAGGAGUAUUCUAAAGUUCCUAUUGUAACAGCAAAUGAUACACUCAGGGCAUUAGCAAAAAUUAAUGAAGAACUAGCGAUCCAUCCAAUUCUAACAGUUCAAACAGCAAAGAUUUACGGUCAAGGUUUAAAUCAACUUAUAUCCAAGCUUAUCACAAAUGCAUCAAAUACUGAAUUAAUUAUAGCAUUAUCACAGAUAUUGGACAGAUUUUUCUUACGUGUGGCCGAUAAUUUGUUUCUGGGUCAAUCAUUAAACAUAACAGACGGCGAAACAGGUCAGACCAUUAAUAUUUUAACCGGAAUUUACCCCUUUUUGCGGAAUGAAAUUACACAAGGAGCUGCAAGCGAUGAUAUUAUUUCCGAUAUAAUAACGUGUAAGAUAGAUCCGUAUCCACCAGGGGAAUCAGAAUUAAACUUCCAUUAUAGUAUUAUCAAAUCGGAGAAUAUUCCGCAUCAGUAUAUCAAUGGCACAAAAUCGCAGGUACUUAAGUGCGUUUAUUUAAAUCUUACAACAAGGAAAUGGUCUCAUUCUGGAUGCACUUUAAAUCCUGAGAUUUCGAAAUAUGCCAUGUGUAACUGCAAUCAUUUAACACAUUUUGCCAUCAUGUUUCAAUUCAGUAAUCUCAAUGAUGUUCAAUCGCUACUGGCUCCAAUUAUAAUUAUUGAAUAUAUUGGUAUCGGAUUUUCCAUAAUUUGCAUUGCUAUGACUCUUAUAGUUUACGGAAUUUUAAGGCUUAAAUCUGAUCGAUUCAUAAUUCAUCGAAACUUGCUAGUCGCUUUAUUCUUAUUGCAGUGUUCUAUUAUAGCUGGAUCUCAAUCAGUAGAAAAUAAGUCUUUACCAAAAAGAAUCGAAUUUCAAUUUAUUACUUCGUCGGUUGGGGUUAAUACUGUCGUAAUGAUUUGUGUAGUCAAGGUUACUGUUUCAUCUACUAUAGCUGAUGCUUAUAAAAAUGAUAGCCGUAAAGGAAGAUUGCAGGGUACUAAAUCAAUGGUCAAGGCUAGCGCAAUACUAACGCCUAUUCUAGGUCUAACAUGGCUGCUGGCUUUAAUUCCGAUUACAAAGCAAACCAUUGUAUUUACCUAUCUCUCCGUCAUAUUAAAUUCUUGCCAGGGUAUUACUAUCUUCGUGUUCCAUUGCGUUUUAAGUAGUGAGGUUCGUCAGAAAUAUACGCUUUUAAUAUCAAGGCGAAGUGCCGUACAAUCUUCGAAUAAGGCUUCCUUAUUUAUUGAGGACAACGCAAACCUAAAAACUGAUAAUUCAGUAAAGAAAGGCAAGUCAUUGUUCAAGCUAUUGCAUUUCUACUAG